UUUUGACUUAAAUAGACGAUCUUCGUCCUGGAGUAACCGCAUUGGCCAAUAACACCAUUGAGGGGCGGGGAUUUCCGGCAGUCUCGUGUCUUCAUGGUUCAUAGUGGGCGUUGAAUAGCGUCUUCUUCUUCAGCUCAUACUUCACGAUAACGUUACCCAAGUUAAGCUACGUCAAACCGGGAAAUUUAUAGGUUUAGCCGGUCGACGAAGAUGACGGAAAGUGCUACGAGUAAGCUGCUAAACGGGGACAUUUGUCACCGGACCUCGAAUGGUAAAAAGGCCAGUAAAAAUGGCUUCGUGAAGGAUCACUCUCUGUUUGAACAGCCACAGAAGUAUCGCCGCCCCAGAGACAAGAACCAAAAUGUCCCCCAUAAUUACAGCUUGUACAAGAAACCAUUUGUGGAAUCCUUCGAGGAGACUCCUCUAUGGGUUGCUGUGCUCACCUACAUGGGCUACGGUAUCCUCACCAUCUUUGGCUACCUCAGAGACUUCCUUAGACACUGGGACAUUGAAAAGUGCCAUGUGGCCCGUGAGAGAGACGAGCAGAAGGAUUUUGUCCCCCUCUAUCAGGAUUUUGAAAACUUUUACACCAGGAAUUUGUACAUGCGGAUCCGAGACAACUGGAACCGCCCUAUCUGCAGUGUUCCUGGUGCCAAGGUGGACUUGGUAGAGAGAGUAACUCACGACUACAACUGGACGUUUGAGCAUACAGGCAAAGUGGUGAAGGACGUUAUCAACAUGGGCUCAUACAACUACCUCGGCUUCGCUGAGAACACCGGAGCUUGUGCCGAUGCUGCUCUCGAGGUCACGAAAAUGUAUGGAGUGGGAGUGGGCAGCACUCGCUGUGAGAUGGGAAACUUGGACAUCCACGAGGAAAUGGAGCAAUUGGUUGCCAGGUUUCUGGGAGUUGAGUCAGCCAUGGCUUUUGGCAUGGGUUUUGCAACCAAUUCCAUGAAUAUUCCUGCUCUCAUGGGGAAGGGUUGCCUCAUCCUGAGCGACGAGCUGAAUCAUACGUCACUGGUGCUGGGUGCUCGUCUGUCGGGCUCCACGAUUCGGGUCUUCAAACACAACAACAUGCAAAGCCUUGAGAAGCUACUGAGAGAUGCCAUCGUGCACGGGCAGCCGAGAACCCACCGACCCUGGAAGAAAAUUCUUAUUGUGGUGGAGGGCAUCUACAGUAUGGAGGGGUCCAUCGUACGCCUGCCGGAGGUCAUAGCUCUGAAGAAGCGCUACAAGGCCUACCUGUACCUGGACGAGGCUCACAGUAUCGGCGCCCUGGGCCCUAAUGGCAGGGGAGUGGUGGACUACUUUGGCCUGGAUUCCAAAGAUGUUGACAUCAUGAUGGGAACAUUCACCAAAAGCUUUGGGGCUGCUGGGGGAUAUAUUGGAGGCAAAAAGGAGCUGAUUGACUAUCUGCGCCGCCACUCUCAUAGCGCCAUGUAUGCCACCUCUAUGUCCCCUCCUGUGGCCCAGCAGAUAAUCACCUCUAUGAAGAUCAUCAUGGGAGAAGAUGGGACCACACUGGGUGCUGAUCGCCUCCGACAGCUUUCACAGAACACCACCUUCUUCCGCAGAAGACUGCACGAAAUGGGCUUUAUCAUCUAUGGCAACGAUGACUCCCCCGUUGUACCGCUGAUGCUCUACAUGCCGGCCAAAAUCGGCGCCUUCGGUCGGGAGAUGCUGAAGAGGAACAUCGGUACAGUGGUCGUCGGCUUUCCCGCGACGCCCAUCAUCGAAUCCAGAGCACGCUUCUGUGUAUCAGCCGCUCACACCAGAGAGAUGCUCGAUACAGCAUUGGAAGCCAUCAGUGAAGUGGGCGACCUCCUGCAGCUGAAAUACUCAAGACGUGAGCAGCCUCUUCCCUCGCUUGGGUGGAUGUCCGAGGAGAGUCUUCUUCAGGACUGAGCCUCGUCGUCCUCUUCUUGUCACACAGAGCGUGUUUUCCUAACUCACUGGCCCCUCUCUUAGCGUUUCUCGUCUGAUAUCAGUCUUAUGCCCCCACGUAUUUUUGUCUGAGCCAGUGUCUGCAUUCAUGUUAUCCAUAUUUGUUCACAUCAAACUCCAGUGGACUCAAAGCCAAAGUCCCAACAGCUUCACCGCGACCAAAAUCAGCCACAUGCGUCCGUGUCCGUUGUUACAAAGUCCAUUCAGAGCCUUCCAGUUUGUCCUAACUUAUUGCGACUGCAUCUGUCUAACAUAAAGUCUUAUUCUUGUGCGCACAUUGAA